AUGCUAUGUCAGCUUCAGAUUCUCUUUCAGUCCGUGUUCCAGAAAUUUACCAAGAUUCCUUCGAAAAUUUUUAUUAAUAACCAGACCUUGGAAAUCGUUGCAAAGAGAGAAAACAAAACGAAAAGAAAGGAAAAGAAAAAAGAUUUCGUGAAAACAAUGUCAUUAGACUUGCACAUGUAUGAGAAACAAGCGAAGACAUCAACCACAAACAUGAAAUCCUAUGCCCCAAUCCUAGAGACUCUCGUUCAAAAUACCCACAACAAGAAAAAAAAAUGGAAUGUCAAUGUUCACAGUGACAUAUCUGCCACUAGUGCAUUUCUUUCUUAG